AUGAAAACAAAACAAUCCCAUGUGGCAUUGAGGUCUGGCCGAUGUGAUGGGAUAACCAGAGAUGCUGUUGCAAAUGCGCCUGCAUUCGAGGACGUUGCCGAUAAAAUAUUCAGCCUUUUGAAUGGUAGGAUUUGGGUGGGGCAUAACAUUCAGAGAUUCGAUUGUGUUCGUAUCAAGGAGGCAUUUGCCGACAUUGGUAGGUCUCCUCCUGUAUCUUUUGGGAUCAUUGAUUCUUUAGGAGUCCUCACAGAGAAGUUUCGCAAAAGAGCUGGUAAUAUGAAGAUGGCGAGCUUAGCUACUUACUUUGGGCUUGGGAAGCAAAAACACAGGAGCCUGGAUGAUGUUCGCAUGAAUUUAGAGGUUUUAAAGCAUUGUGCAACUGUUCUCUUUUUGGAAUCCAGCCUCCCUGCCAUAUUGAAUGGAAGUUGGAAGAGUACCCCAACGAUAACGACACGAAGUAGAAGUGGAAAAUCGACAUGCAGGGAAGAAACCAGCAGGAAAUCACCGUCCCUACCUUCUGUUGGAUAUCAAAGAUCAGUGCCCUACACAAGGGGAAGUUUGGGACAGGUGACAGAAAGAAUGAAGAAUCUAUUGCGUAAAGCCCAAGGAAGCCAACCAAUUAACAAUUUGCUCAAGCAUUCUCAUUCAGUGCUCAGAUGAAUGAAAAGAGAAGGAAAAACUCGUCUUCAAUGAGAAUAUGGGAUGAAGCAUAAGAGGUCCUUCCCCUGGCUUAUUGAGUUAAUGAAUUAUCUCAAAAUUUAUGAGAAUUUGGGACACCCUUUUUGUGGUUCUUAUUCAUUCAUUAUUUGUAAAAUUCGAUUAAUCAAUUGAAGUUGU